CGGGUACUGCGGUGGUGGUGGUGGUGGUGAUGGUGGUGGUGGUGACGUUGUCGAAACUGAAAUCGUAGCAAAGUUUAUCAGAGUCCGGUUAGAAUUCGAUUUUCAAUGCAUGAUCCGUUUAACCGUAUCGUCGUUGUCGUCGUUUAAUUCAUCAGUCGGUGCAUUCGAAUCGUAAAUAUCAGCAUACCGCGCGCGCGACGAUGCAUACGGUUUUUACACGCGUGAACGCUAUUUUAGCGUACACAUUGAGCGUUUCAGCGUGUCUAACAUUUUGUUGUUUUCUCUCAACUGUAUUUAUCGAUUAUAGAGCGAACGCGACUUUGAAUACCGUAAAAGUAGUCGUGAAAAAUGUGCCAGAUUACAGUGCUUCGAGAGAAAAGAAUGACCUGGGAUACUUAACGUUUGAUCUACAGACCGAUCUUGCUCCAUUGUUCAACUGGAACGUGAAACAGCUAUUCUUGUACCUGACAGCAGAAUACAAAACUGAGAACAAUGCAUUUAAUCAGGUAGUGCUAUGGGAUAAAAUAGUACUGCGCGGAGACAAUGCCGUACUCGAUUUUAAAAAUAUGAAUACCAAAUACUACUUCUGGGAUGAUGGAAACGGACUAAGGGGGAACAAGAACGUAACGUUGACGUUGUCGUGGAACAUCAUUCCAAACGCUGGGCUCUUGCCGAGCGUCAAUGCUCUCGGUUCUCACACCUUCUUAUUCCCAUCUGAAUAUACCUCGUUACGCGUGUGAGCAAGGCUGAUUACUACAUACGUACGGACGGACGCAUGCCUGCAAUCAUCAUCGCGUUGUUUCGCAAAUUCUCUAUAAUUACUCCGUACUGACACACAAAUGAAAUCGACGUUUAAACAAACUGGAUGCUAUUUUUCGUGAUCAUGAUCAUGGAAGCGGAGUGCGUGCGCGUACGUGUACAUUUCUUUCAGACACCGUAAUGAAACCCAUACAUUUUUAUACGUGAAUCUUGUCUGAGGGUGGGUGGGGUUGGUGUGAGAAAAGAAACAAAGCGGACACGAUAUAUCGAUUCUUUAUUAUAAUUUGUUUCGUUUAAUUGUAUCUCAUUCUGUUGUCCGCAAACCGAAGAAAAAAAAUAAACUUUGUCAUGAACGAA